UCUAUCAAUACGCCUCUGAGUAUGUGUAGUUAUGGUAUGGAGAGUUUCUAGAGGUUAGCAAUUUCAUUAGGGGGAGAUGCAAUUCUGCCUAAUUGCCCUGUGUGCUUGUUCAAGUUCUUGCAUGAUCAAGAUUGGAGAAUUCAUCACACUGCCGUUACUGCUAUUGGACUGAUAUCAGACGGAUGCUCAAAGGCAUUGUUAGUGGAGAUGGUGAAAUUUGGACAGUCUAUUGUGAACCUAAUGCAGGAUAGCCACCCUCGAGUACGUUAGGCCAAAAUUCGCACAAUUGGUCAGCUAUCAACUAUCUGGGCCUGCGUUUUCAAGAGGAAUAUCUUUGGCAGCUACUUCCAGCUUUGAUAGAAGUAUUGGAUGAUUUUGAUUAUCCCAGGUUGCAGACACGUGCAGCUUCAGUGAUACGGUUGUUCAGUCGCAAUUGCAGAGCAGAUGACUUGAAACUUUACCUGCACAAAAUAGUGAGUAAAUUAGUCAGGUUUCUACAGAGAGGACUGGCAAUGAUGGAAGAAGCAGCUCUUGAAACUUUAGCCUCUGUAGCUAUUUCAUCGCAGGAAGACUCUGCUUACAUAUAUGAUUCUAUAAUUCCUUAUCUGAAAGUUAUCUUGGAAACUGCUACUAAAGAUACAAGUCGCACGCCACUUGCCAAAUCCAUGGAAUGCAUUACCAUGGUUACAAUGGCUUUUGGAAAUCAAGCAAUCCAUGGUUAUGUUGAAAAGGUCACUGCAGUACUCAUUUCACUGCAAGAAACUCAAACAGAGAUAGAAGAUCCAAUGAGGAAAUUUUCGUUACUAGUAUGCUGAUACAACUUAGAAUUUUGUGCAACUUCCAUUUUCUUUUCGGUUUUUGGCUAAUUUACACUUGAUUCUAUGACAGGCAUACGGUAGACUAUGUAAAUGCUUGGGGGAAGAUUUCCUUCCUUAUCUAAGUCUUGCCACGCCCAUUGUGCUAAAAAGUGAAAUAAGCAACGUAUUGGAAAUUUUUUUAUUGAGGA